CGAAAAUCAGCCCACCUAAAUCUGGGGAGAGCUUCUUGUAAGCUCACUCUCAUUUUAACACUAAAAAAAGGGGAAAAAAAUUAGGGCUUGAAGUGUGUCGGGAGAAUUUGGGAUUUCCGGGUCCUAAAAUGAAGCAAAAGAACGAGCAAAUUCACACUACAAAGCUAUUAACUUAUGUUUUAAUUGGGUUAAUCGCGGUUCUCGGUUUACUUUGUUUGUACUAUGGAUCUUCAUUUGCUCCAGGGUCAAGGAGAUCCGAUGAGACUGGUUCUCGGUUGGAUGGAUCGGACCCGGUUUUUGGUGGGGUUUCAAGGAACCGGGAUUUGGUUGAUUUGCUUGACGAGCGAGGGUACUACCCGGAAGUUCCUAAAAGCAUCCCUAUAUGUGACAUAAAAUAUUCAGAGUUGAUACCCUGCUUAGAUAGGAACCUUAUAUACCAGUUGAAAUUAAAGCCUAAUUUGACAGUAAUGGAACACUAUGAACGGCAUUGUCCACCACCCGAGCGUCGUUACAAUUGCUUAAUCCCCCCACCAAGAGGUUACAAGAUCCCUAUAAGAUGGCCUGCCAGUAGAGAUGAAGUGUGGAAAGCAAACAUACCCCAUACGCAUCUUGCAAAGGAGAAAUCUGACCAGCACUGGAUGGUUGUUGAUGGGGAGAAAAUAAAAUUUCCUGGUGGUGGAACCCAUUUUCAUGAUGGUGCUGAUAAGUACAUCACCGGUCUUGCUCAGAUGCUAAAAUUUCCUGGGGAUAAACUGCACAACGGUGGAAGUAUUAGAAAUGUUCUUGAUGUGGGAUGUGGAGUUGCAAGUUUUGGAGCCUAUCUCCUACCCCUUGAUAUUAUAGCUAUGUCCCUUGCACCUAAUGAUGUACAUGAGAAUCAAAUACAAUUUGCACUAGAAAGGGGUAUCCCAUCAACCCUUGGUGUGUUGGGAACAAAAAGGCUUCCUUAUCCAAGCAGAUCAUUUGAGCUGGCUCAUUGUUCACGAUGCCGAAUUGACUGGCUUCAGAGAGAUGGGAUUCUUCUGUUGGAACUUGACAGAUUACUGAGACCAGGAGGGUACUUUGCAUAUUCUUCUCCUGAAGCCUAUGAACAAGAUCCAGAAAACAGAAAGAUCUGGAAUGCUAUGUACAACCUUUUGAAAAGAAUGUGCUGGAAAGUUGCUGUGAAGAGAGGCCAAACUGUUAUAUGGGCGAAGCCUCUUAGCAAUAGUUGUUACUUGAAGAGAGAUCCUGGGACUCGGCCUCCUUUGUGCAGUUCUGGCGAUGACCCAGAUGCAAGUUGGAAUGUGUCUAUGAAGGCAUGCAUCACUCCAUACUCAGCAAAGAUGCAUAAAGAAAGAUGGAGUGGACUACUUCCUUGGCCACAGAGGCUUACUACAGCACCACCUCGCCUUGAAGAAAUUGGUGUUAGUCCCGAGGAAUUCCAUGAAGACACCAAAAUAUGGCAUUUUAGAGUGGUUGAGUAUUGGAAGCAGAUGAGAUCUAUUAUACAGAAGAAUUCCUUCAGAAAUGUCUUGGAUAUGAACUCAAACCUUGGGGGUUUUGCUGCUGCCCUUAAAGAUAAAGAUGUCUGGGUAAUGAAUGUUGCUCCCGUCAAAAUGUCUGCAAGAUUGAAAAUUAUUUAUGACCGAGGCUUGUUAGGAACCGUUCAUGAUUGGUGUGAAGCUUUUUCUACAUACCCACGAACAUACGAUCUUCUUCAUGCCUGGGCAGUGUUUUCUGAGAUUGAGGAGCGUGGCUGUAGUGCAGAGGACCUCCUGAUUGAAAUGGACAGAAUACUUCGACCAGAUGGAUUUGUUAUUAUAAGAGAUAAGCACUCAAUGAUAAAUCAUAUCCAGAAAUUUAUCACUGCCUUGCGAUGGGAUGGCUGGUUAUCAGAAGUUGAACCAAGAACUGAUGCUCUCUCUGCUGGUGAAGAAAGGGUGUUAAUUGCCAGAAAGAAGUUGUGGAGUGAUGGGUUUAUGACGAUGUGAAUGUACUUUUUUUUUUCUGUCAGUUGCACUCUGGAAAGUCAUAGCCACUGAUGGAAGAGGAAGUUUAAUUGCCAUUUGAGAUGAAGAUUUUUGUUAUCCUUCAAGAGGGAUAACAGGACCAAAGCUCAAGACGAAUUGUCAUCUUGUAUAACGUGCAGCGAUAUAGAUAUACUGCCUGCUGCCUGCUGCCUGCUGCACACAGAGCCACAAUCCUUAAAAGAAAAGAAAGAGCAAAGCUCAGAUACAUCUGGAGGAGAUUUUUUGCACUCAAUGGGAUGUAAUUUUUAAAUUCCUUAAACCAAUAUCACCUUUGUAUAAUAUUCUUGAUUUCAGAUGUAUUUGUAAACAUUUUUUUUCUUCCAAAACCUGUUAGAAAUAUAUCUUGUUUAAGGGCUCACACUGAUUCACCAGAAACCCAAGGUUCUCUUCUCUUGUGAAUAAAGACUUACCUGAAUCCUUUAGCAA